AUGACGCAGCAAUUCAUCCAUGAUGACGGUGCUUCCUCUCGAGGUGAGGCUCGCAGGUCAGAGUCAGGGGUAUUCCGUGUGCUUUUAAAGAAUUUGUUCUUGUUUGGAGUUGUCCUGAGCACAUCGCUUAACGGCUCAAUGGGUUCACAGUUUUCCUCAAUUGGUGGCCUUCUCUUUGGUUAUGACCAGGGCGUCGUGUCUGGAGUACUCACUAUGGAGUCUUUUGGAGCUUCGUUUCCCAGAGUUUAUGCAGAUAGCAGGUUCAAAGGGUGGUUUGUGUCGACGCUGCUGUUGACUGCCUGGCUAGGCGCUCUGCUGAAUGGAACUUUUGCAGACUACGUUGGCAGAAGGCUGUCCAUUAUCGUAGCAGUCGCCAUUUUCUCGAUCGGCUCUGCUAUCCAAGCGGGAGCGGUUAAUCUGACGAUGCUCUUCAUGGGUAAUGGGAAAACUGCCUUUUUUUCCUCUCUUCUUCCAAGGACCAGUGUGGCACUGACAGGACGGACUGCGCUCCUUCAUUUAGGUCGUGCGAUUGGUGGUUUUGCUGUUGGGCAAUUGACUAUGGUUGUUCCAAUGUACAUUAGUGAGGUUUCGUUGCCCUCAAUCAGGGGCACACUCAUAGUAUUUCACCAACUUUCAAUUACGCUUGGUAUUCUACUGAGCUAUUGGAUUGAAUACGGUUCAAACUUCAUUGGAGGGUCACACUGCACCUCCAACAUGACAUACUCAGGAGGAACCCCUGAUUCUCAUACCUUCGACCCAUAUCAUGAUGUCGGCCCGAACGGUUGUGAUGGUCAAUCUGAUUUAGCUUGGCGGAUUCCAUUUGGCAUACAAAUACCCCCUGCCAUUAUUCUGGGGGUGGCGAUGUUUUUCUUCCCUGAUUCACCUAGAUGGUCGCUGAUGAAAGAUAAGGAUGGGGAUGCGCUUAAUACGUUGGGCAGACUUCGACGGAAGUCCACCGACAAUCCAGAUCUGAUGACUGAAUAUUUGGGAAUAAAAGCAUCUGUGAUUCUUGAAAACUCAUUUGCCAGAGAAUACUAUGGUGGUUUGAGUGGGGUGAAGUUGCAUGCAGCGCAGUACUUCUCCCUGAUUAGCACCCGGUCAAGAUCUAAACGGCUGGCAAUUGGAUGCUGCAUGAUGUAUUUUCAGCAGUUUAUGGGGUGUAAUGCGAUGAUAUACUACGCACCUGUGAUGUUUGGCCAACUAGGCCUUAGUAAAAAUACAAUUUCACUACUGGCUACCGGUGUUUACGGUAUCGUUAACUGUCUCAGCACGCUUCCUGCCCUCUUCCUUAUAGAUCGAGUUGGCCGCAGGAUCCUGCUCAUGUACGGUGGAGCUGGAACUUGCAUCUCACUUACCAUCGUGGGUGCCAUCAUUGGCCAUUACGGAUCGGCCCUCAUUAACCACCAAGCAGCCGCAUGGGCCGGUAUGAUUUUUGUUUAUGUCUAUGAUAUAAAUUUUUCAUAUUCGUUCGCGCCAAUUGCGUGGGUUCUUCCCUCUGAAAUCUUCAAUGCUUCCAUCCGUUCAAAGGCUGUUUCGAUAACUAUCUCUGUCACAUGGAUGUGCAAUUUUAUAAUUGGGCUUGUCGCCCCCAAGAUGCUCGAAUGCAUAACCUGGGGAGUAUAUAUUUUCUUUGCGGCAAACUGUUUACUCGGCCUUCUCUUUGCCUUCUUCUUCAUUCCUGAAACGAGAGGAAAGACUCUAGAAGAUAUGGACCUCGUUUUUGGUGAUGCAGCCGCGCAUGAAGAACAGCGGCGUAUCAUGCAGAUCGAGGCAGAAUUGCGGGGAACGCCACUAGUGGCGAUGGAGUUGGAAAAGCCCGAGUUCAAAAGUGACUUUGUGGUCACACAAGAGAGGGCCGAGGAGGGUGAAGCGAGGUGA